UUUACGCUAAAACUCUUAGCUAUUAAAUAUGGGGUACGGCAACGUGUUACCCCCGAUUAAAAAUCAAAUGGUGAAAAAACGACGAAACUGGGUCAUGAGGGUGAGGUUUGGACCCCAUUGGUCGAGUUAUAAGGGAGAUUAUGACAUCAUUGACGAUAAAUGGAUUGUAAAAGGAAAGAUGAUGAAUAUGAACACAUUUAUGAGAUUACCUCAGAUAUCUCGUGACGUCACUACUCACAAACGCCAGCUAACGAACGGGAAAAAGGAAAGAAUAUCAUUCAUGGCAUUCAACAGUCUAGCACGUUCAGUCGAUGACCUCCACAUCUCAACUAAUAUUCCAGCAUGCACUGCUGGGCGAGACAUGGAUGACGUCAUAACCGAAAUUUCCUUCCAAAAAGUCGAAUUUGAAAACAGAAGAAACAGUUGCGGAAUCGAAGGCACAAGCCUACGAACUGCUCCUAGUGGGAUUGGUAGGAGAAGAUGGUCUGACAGUGCAGCAGGACAAUUAGCGGGUGUGGAAGGGGGUGUGUUACAGUCGGGACAAGUGCGAACCAAUCAGGAGCGGGGAAGAACGUUGGGACUUCAGCAACGACCAAUGAAUUUAGUAAAGUCGGACACGGCUUGCAUUACACAGAAUGCGGAUGAGUUACUGCAGGAAUACAAAGAAUUCGCUAAAAGAAAAGACGGAAUUCCGGAACUACAUGAAACCGGAAAGGCAGGAACAACGAACAACGGCGAAGGAAGGUUUAUUGCGUCAAUCAACUCUCAAAGAGGAGCAGAAUAUUUUCAUUCAAAUCAGGUGGCGAGAGAUAACGGUAUCGGAGAACUGUUUUCAAAAUCGAGGUCGCGGUCCAAUGGUUUACCGAACGCUUCUAUAACCGGAAAACCAAAACCGAAUCGGAGGCAAACGACGAAUAUGAAUCUAUUCAGAAACAAACGCGGAGUACUUAUUCCAUCAGGAGAUAGUUCUGGCGGUCGUCGCCUUUCAGUUGAAGCAACAAUGAGUAAGACAGGGUCUGCAACAAGGAUGCUGCAGAAACGAAGCAGUCGAAUGCUAGGCGGGAAACGAUCGAGCACUCUUCGAAAAUCUGACAUGAAUAUGAAAGCUAAGAAGGUUCCUCCGCGUCCAGAGUCGCCUCCGGUUCCCACUGAAGAAGACAUGCAGGAGUUACAAGAUUUACCGGUUAUCCGGAAGUUCCUAAAAAUGCCUCCAAGUCGACCGAAAGUUGUUUGUUUCGACUACCCAGGUGUCGAUCUGACACACGUGGACGUGGAACGAGCGAUAGAAAAGGCGAUUCCUGGCGCGUUCGAAUCCGGCAAAGUUGUUUCUGUUCAGUUUGAAAACGUAAACGUGAAACUCGCUACAGGAGGAUUAGACAACAGUUGACGGUCAAACCAAAACAUUUCUGAUGGAUAGGUUAUGAAGAGAGGUGAGGAGAUACAUCAUUUACACAAGCGAGCAAUUAGUGGCAUUAUACGAAGAGGUCACAACCUACACUUCUAGUGCUCACUGAACAUUAUUUCAAAUCCUCAUGGAUUCGGAUUCAAAUGUCUUCCUAGUGAAGUAUUGCCUAUUGAUAAGGAGGCUACAUUUCCCUGAAUCCCUCAAGGGCUAUAGUUAUCUAAAAAAUCUAUACCCUUGACAAAAGACUAUUAUGCCUGUCUUAUACGAACAUGACCUACAGGUUCUUUAAAAGUUAAAUUCCAAAUGAAAAUGUUCAAAAUUGAUGCUGUUAUCAAAAAAAAUUAAUUUUACCAUUUUUGAAGGGGCUCGAUCAUUCUAAAAAUGGCGCGUUGACGUCUUUAUCUCUGAACACGGCCAUGGACAAGCAGUCACGUAUGUGGGUGAAACCACUUUACCUGCAAACGACCCAAAAUAUUCCAUCCCGCCUAUCCAAUUUUUUGGAUACACAUUGAUAGCUUGUAAAACAUAGGAUUUUAAUCUGUGAUUGCAUCAUAUUUAGGUAUAACGCCUUUUCUUACUGGGUUCCUUGGUUGCAUAUGAGAUUUAGUUUGCUAGUUUUGUAACUUAUUCUAUAUUACUGUCUGUAUAUUCAACAUGUGCAUUUGUAUAAUAAAUACAUGUUAACAUUU